AUGAAUAAAUUUACCUUAAAAUUUGAUGAUGAAAUAUUAGAAGAAUAAUAUCAAUAAGUUAAACUGAGAAAAAUUAGAAAACCCAUUUAUUUAGGACUAUUAGUACUAUGUUUUUGUAUGAUAAGUUCAAAUGCUAUAAUAAAUUUGAUUACUUAAUAAUAAACUCUUUUAAAAACAUAUAUCAAUUAUUCUUAUCUAAUUUUUAUGGUAUUUUAAGCUAUUAUAGUUUACAGAAAGCCUGCCUUAAUAAAAUACUUAUUAAUUAUUUCAAAUAUUGCCACAGGUUUGUUAUAAUUUAAUUUUAAUGAUUAGACCCCUGCUUAAAUAUACUAUGCAUAAAGUUCAUCAUUUACUUAGUUAUAAGCAGUUGCCUACUUUAUAUCAGAUUUUCAAGAUGGUGUAAUAUAAGUUUUAGCUUUACUAUUUAUAAGAUUGGUUAUUACUUCUAUAAAGAUAGAUGAUGUGGAUUUAUAGACUGUUUUAAUAGGAUUAGCAUCAACAUUAUUUAUUCUAAUCACUUUAUAUGUUAAUGAUCAAAAUUCAAGAAAAGAGUUUUUGUCAAGUAUUUCAGAAGAUUUAUGGGAUCAUUCACUGUCUAUUCUAAUUAAAAAACCGCAUUUUAGGGUUUAAUACAAUAAGGAGUAUAUGAAAAUUGAUUUAAUUUCAUCACAUUAAUUAUUUGAUUUCCCUGGUUAUGAUGAAAAUAUAUGUUAAGGAUGUAAUAGUAGAUAAAUAUUACACUCAUAUAAAUACAAAAAAUCAAAUUUAAGUGAUUUUGUUCUAGAAUAAUAAUAAACAAUUUAAAAUUCAAUCAAAGUUGAAUACAAACAUCAUUCAUUUUAUUUAAGAAUAGUGUGUGUUGGAAUUAAAAAUUAGAAUAUUAUAGUAAUAUUUGAGAAAAGAAAAGAAGAUACAUAUGGAUAAAUAGUUCCAAAAAAAAUGAGAAACUUAAUUUUUCAAUAAAUUAAAUCAUAAUAAAAAAGAUCAAUUUAUUAAAUAUUAUUUAAUUAAGGAUUAUUAUCAAUAUUAUUAAUUAAUUAGAUGUAAUUGAAAGAAAUAGAUAUAACAUAAAUGUUUAAGAAAUUGAAUAAAUAGUAUAAAUAUUCAAUGAAACCAAUUAAAAUACUACCUAAAAGUAUUAAAUUAACAUUAUAAACUUAUUCAUCCUAAUUGAAAAUAUUUUUAAUUUAAAUCUUUUAAAUAUUUGAUUAAAUCUCUAAAAAAAGGAUAUCCAUAUUAUUUCAAGAUUUAGAAGAUUGUAUUUUAGUAUAAAUUAUAUUUAAAUAAAAUAUAGAAGGAAAUAUGAAUCUUUUAUUUCUUAGCUUAUAUAGUAAUAACAUAUUUAUUUAAAAAAUCAAAUAACUUUUGCUAUUUAAUGAAUUAAACAUAGAUUUAUAAAUGCAAUUCAAAAAACAUAUUCCAUACUAACUAAUUUAAUGA